AUGAAGAUCGAGGCCUGUUCAUUCAGCGGGUAUAAGAUCUACCCUGGUCAUGGCAAACGCCUGGUUAAGGCCGACGGGAAGGUGUUCAUCUUCUUGAACGCGAAGGCAGAGGCGGCACACCUGAUGCGCCGCAACCCCCGUAAGAUCACGUGGACUGUACUCUAUCGACGCAAACACCGCAAAGGCAUCGAAGAGGAGCUGACGAAGAAGAGGACCCGAAGGACCGCUAAGUUUCAGAGGGCUAUCGUCGGCGCGAGUCUUAACGACAUUCUCGCCAAACGUAAUAUGAAGCCCGAGGUUAGGAAAGCGCAGAGGGAACAGGCGAUUAGAGCGGCUAAAGAGAAACAAAGGGCUGCGAAGAGCCAGAAGAAGGCAUCGUUACCCCCGCAGAAGGCUGGAAAGGCGAAAGCGGCCCAAAAGGCGUCCAAACCUAUGAUGACUAAAGCGCCGAGAGUUGGAGGCAAGAGAUAAACGCGAAAAUAAUUAUUUCUCUUAAUUUUGUCUAAGAUUUCAAAUAAAUUAAUAAAAACGAAAUUAUGAUUUGA